AUGACUCCCCCGUUCGCCCGCUUCCUCUUACCCCCCGCAAUUAAUAUCGACUUAUCGGUUAAUACUAAUUACUCUGUUUUUAUCAUUCUAACAUUCUGUUUUCCCUCUUCUCUACAGACAUACAGUCUACUUUACUUGAAAAAGUUCUCAACAUGGCGGAGCUCGCAGGGUUCGCUGAGCCGAGCACUAGGCCUGGGCUCCGGCAAGUCAUCACAAGGACAUCACCGCGAGAGGGACCGGGACCGGGACAGAGAAAGCCCCAGAGACAUCUUCCACCCCCGGGACAUCCACCGCGAUCCGCACCGGGAUCCUCACCACCGGGAUCCGCACCGGGAUCCACACCGGGACUCGCACCGAGAACAGCAACGCGAUCUCCAGCGGGACUCCUUCCGGGAUCACCACCAGGCGCGUAGCGACAGCCUGCGGCAGCAGCAGCUGCAGCACCAGCUCAUGCAGCAGCACCAGGCCGUGAUGCGGGAGUCGCGCGGCGAGGGUCGGCACCACACGCUCGCGCACCACCACCACAGCAAGCACCACCGCAGCACCAGCCUGGCGUCACCGACCUCGUCCUCAGAGACCGGCGGGUCGUCCGAGUCGCCGUCGGCGCUGUCCUCGCCGUCGACCGGAGGUGGUGCCGGCGGCGCCGCCGCGGGUGAGGCGAGACGGCCGCAGGGGCCGGCGGGCGGCGACAGCAGCAGCUCGGGGGACACCUUCAACGACCCUCCCCUCUCGUCCGCGAGCGCCGCGCCCGGCGUACCUGGCGGCGCUGACGCCGACAGGAGCUCAGCGGCCGCCAAGCGGAGGCACCGGCGGGUCAAGUCCAUUGGCGACAUCGAUUCUGUCACCGUCACGCCCGUCUAGUGUGCGUGCAACGAUGUAAUGCCUCGAGAGUCUCCGAUGUGCGGAAGGAUUUAAAAAUGGACGUGAUUUAGAAUAAUUAAUUUGUUAAUUAAUAACACAUGUGUGUCGCAGCGGCUUCGUGUUUUGUUUCCAAAUCUGGAAACACGCUGAUGGUAAUUUGAUAAUGUGUGGGUCCCAUAUCUGGCACACAUUAUACUAGUCUAGUGGCGAAGCUAGUUGCCCUAAUACAAUUGGCAGACUGAAAAUACAUUGUUCAAUUGUUAAAUGAUUGGGUAGUGUUUGUCAAGAAUUUUCAAAAUGUCAUCUACUUUUAAAGCUUGUAAGCAUAAAUUAGUUAUACUUAUAAUUUAUGGUGAUAUCUUUGUUAACCCUGUCAGAUGUAGAUCUAUAAUCUCCAGAUACUGUGAUGAUAGAAAACAUAUGUUCAGUUUGUUUCCUGAAUCUAAAUGUGCAAUAUAACGUGAUGAUAUUUAUUUCCAUGCUAAAAGUGUGCUCAUAUUCCAAUGCCCCUGUUUUAUCAAUUCCCCAUAAAUGCUUGGACCCUUGUGUGUUAGUUUUGUUGUCCUUUUUUGUUAUUUUACAAAUCAUUUAAUGUUACAACUGCCGAUCUAUUUGCGUUCUACAUUGAAAUCUGUAAUUUAUCCUGUUAAAAUAUACAUUCCAGGGUGUCACAGGCAGCAUAUUUGAAUUCACGUGUAUGUUGAAUGUAUUUUGUGUACACAUCGCCAAAUAAUGAAAAUAAAUGUCAGAUCCAUUACAAUAUGGUGCCUCCA